ACCCGUAACAACCACUCGAGCCCUCGCCGCGCCCCUCGGCCCUCCCGCCCCGGCCCCCGUCCCCGGAACCGGCGGUCGAGUGGCGGCAGCCGAGCCUGUGGCACGGCUCUCUCCUCGGGGAGCCGCCGGCAUGAACGCAUCCCGCCACCGCGCCGCGUCCCCGACCCGGUCCUUCUGACAAGAGGAGUAAGAAGAUUGCUAUUGAAUUACAACCAUGGUGCAAAAAUACCAGUCCCCAGUGCGGGUGUAUAAACAUCCCUUUGAGUUAAUUAUGGCUGCCUAUGAGAGGAGGUUUCCUACAUGUCCUCUGAUUCCAAUGUUCGUGGACAGUGACACUGUGAGCGAGUUCAAGAGUGAGGAUGGGGCUCUUCAUGUCAUCGAGAGGCGCUGCAAGUUGGAUAUAGAUGCGCCCAGGCUGUUGAAGAAGAUCGCAGGAGUCGAUUACGUUUAUUUUGUCCAGAAAAACUCCCUGAAUUCUCGAGAUCGCACUUUGCACAUCGAGGCCCACAAUGAGACAUUUUCUAACCGGGUCAUCAUCCACGAACACUGCUGUUACACGGUUCACCCUGAGAAUGAAGACUGGACCUGUUUCGAACAGUCUGCAAGUUUAGAUAUCAAAUCCUUCUUUGGUUUUGAAAGUACAGUGGAAAAAAUUGCCAUGAAACAUUAUACAAGCAACAUUAAAAAAGGGAAAGAGAUCAUUGAAUACUACCUACGGCAGCUGGAGGAGGAAGGCAUCACCUUCGUGCCCCGCUGGACCCCGCCCCCCGUGGGACCCUCAGAAACAUGUUCAUCAAGCAAGAAUCAAGUCACACCUGCAGCUGUCCUUGUCCCAGACACUGCUGCUGUCAUGGAGGGGCUGAGCGGGGAAAACCUCAGUAGCCCAGGAGCAGCGUCUGAGCCCGUGGUGGGAACCCCUGACGAUAAAUUAGAUGCCGACUACAUCAAGAGAUACUUGGGUGACCUGACUCCCCUCCAAGAGAGCUGCCUCAUUAGACUGCGCCAGUGGCUCCAGGAGACACACAAGGGCAAGAUCCCAAAGGACGAGCAUAUCCUUCGGUUCCUGCGCGCCCGGGAUUUUAAUAUUGACAAGGCCAGAGAGAUCAUGUGUCAGUCUCUAACCUGGCGGAAGCAGCACCAGGUGGAUUACAUCCUGGACACUUGGACUCCGCCCCAGGUCCUUCUGGACUACUACGCUGGGGGCUGGCAUCACCAUGAUAAAGAUGGACGGCCGCUGUAUGUGCUUAGGCUGGGCCAGAUGGACACCAAAGGCUUGGUGCGAGCUCUCGGAGAGGAGGCCCUACUGCGAUACGUUCUUUCCAUAAACGAAGAAGGCCUGAGACGAUGCGAGGAAAACACCAAGGUCUUCGGCCGGCCAAUCAGUUCGUGGACCUGCUUGGUGGACCUUGAAGGGCUGAACAUGCGCCAUCUGUGGAGACCAGGGGUCAAAGCCUUGCUGCGAAUCAUCGAGGUGGUGGAGGCCAACUACCCGGAGACGCUGGGUCGCCUCCUCAUCCUCCGAGCCCCCAGGGUCUUCCCUGUCCUCUGGACGCUGGUUAGUCCAUUUAUUGAUGACAACACCAGAAGGAAGUUCCUCAUUUAUGCAGGAAAUGACUACCAGGGCCCAGGAGGCCUGCUGGAUUACAUCGAUAAAGAGAUUAUUCCCGAUUUCCUGAGUGGGGAGUGCAUGUGUGACGUGCCAGAGGGUGGAUUGGUCCCCAAAUCCCUGUACAGGACUGCAGAGGAGCUGGAAAAUGAAGACCUGAAGCUCUGGACGGAGACCAUCUACCAGUCUGCCAGCGUGUUCAAAGGAGCUCCACAUGAGAUUCUCAUUCAGAUUGUGGACGCCUCCUCAGUGAUCACCUGGGAUUUUGAUGUGUGCAAAGGGGACAUCGUCUUUAACAUUUAUCACUCCAAGAGGUCCCCCCAGCCACCCAAGAAGGACUCGCUGGGGGCUCACAGCAUCACUUCCCCAGGAGGGAAUAACGUGCAGCUGAUAGACAAAGUCUGGCAGCUGGGCCGGGACUAUAGCAUGGUGGAGUCUCCUCUAAUAUGCAAAGAAGGAGAGAGCGUGCAGGGGUCCCAUGUGACCAGGUGGCCAGGCUUCUACAUCCUACAGUGGAAAUUCCACACCAUGCCAGCAUGCGCUGCCACCAACCUACCCCGAGUGGACGACGUGCUGGCCUCCCUGCAGGUCUCCUCCCACAAGUGCAAAGUGAUGUACUACACAGAAGUGAUCGGCUCUGAAGAUUUCAGAGGCUCCAUGACCAGCCUGGAAUCUAGCCACAGCGGGUUCUCACAGCUCAGUGCCGCCACCACCUCCUCCAGCCAGUCGCAAUCCAGCUCCAUGAUUUCCAGUGAAUGACUUGUGUGACACCCUGCAGAGACUCGCCACCUCCUCCUCCUCCACGGAACCAAAGCUGCAGCAGGCAGCCCUUAAGCUGCAGUGGAGUCCUCUCGGCUCCCUGUUAGUGGAGGUGGCCUGUGGAUCCAGGACAGCUCUUGAGGUCCCUUUCCGCUAAGGACUUGGCAGCCUGAGGAGCACCCAGUGCUGGGUCAGAGCCAGCCUGAUCCUGAGCAGACACUGCAGCCCAGGAGGGGCUGCCAGGGCUCCUCCUGAAUCCUGACACCACCGCCAUCAUUAAACAUUGCUUUCUCUCUCCUCCUCUUCAAAUCUUUGGAUAUUUUUCAGAGCAAAAUUUUUCUGUCCGUGAACUUGGUGGAGGGGGUGGGGAGGAUUCUUUCCCUCUGCUGAGUGCUGCCUUUCCUUCUGCAGGAGGGCGGCUCUGUGCCCUUAGCACCCAGGGUCUUCAGUCCUCUCAGAACCUAGGGUCCUCAGCCCGUAGCACCCUGGGUUCUCAGCCCUUAGCACCCAGGGUCUUCAGUCCUCCCAGCAGCACCCAGAGUCCUCAGUCUUCCCAGCACCCAGGAUCCUCAGUCCUAGCACCCAGGGUCCUCAGCUCUCAGCAGGGUGUUUGGAAGCAGUAGGUCACACUUGCCUUUAGAAGUGUGGCAGUGCAAACUCUAGCAAUGCUCUCCAGGGGGGUGCAUGGCUUGCAGUGGCCUUUGGCAUGUGAGUGGAUGUUGGGUAUGUGUGUAGGUGCUGUGUGUGUGCAUGAGGGAGUGGGGUAUAGCUGGGGAGGGGCUGCAGAGCUGCACUUGUUCUGUCUGCUUUUCAUAGAAGCAGGUCAGAGGCUGGGGCUAGUUUGCCUUUUUUCUUCUUCUUUUUUUUUUUUUUUUUUCCUGAUCUUGACUUCCCAGAGCCUGCUGUUGGAGCAGAUCCUCGCUUUAUGGCUUUUAUGGGGAAAGCUGCUUCUUAGCGAGCUGUCUAGAAGUUGCAGGUGGCUGAUCUCCAGAGGAGGGGGGCCCAGGAUCUACUUGUGUGUGUGGUAACAGUGUCUAAAGAUGUGUGCCAAAUCCGCGUGGCCAUGAGUGUGUAUGGCGGGAGUGGACGCCUGUGUAGACGCUGCUCUGAGGCGCUGGGUGGCUGGCUGUGCGGUGAGAGCUAUGGAGAGACUGUGGCAUGUCAGCAAGCAUGAGGAGAGCCGACACAGCAGCCUGGCUUGGCCAAUGAGCCCCCUGGCUCCUGGCACCCUGAGCCGUGCUUGAGCCUCUGUUUGGUGGCCUUUCUGGCCCACUGCCAUGCAUUUCCUGUCUGUGGGAGCGCUUGUACACAGCACAGCAGGGCUGUGCUACCGCGUCCAUGCUGCUUCCAGUCAGGGCUUCCCAGCUCCGAGUGAAAGGACCUGAAGAUGCCCCUGCUCUUUCUCUCUUCUCUCUCCCUUCCCCUCUCCCUUUCUCCAUGUCCCAGAUGGCGAUUUUGCUGACAUCCUCCAAGAAAGCGCUUCACUCGACAGCCCACAUGAGCCCAGAGAUGUUUGUAGACCUAUCUGAGUCGCAGCCAUGUCCCAGGCUGAAGAGCUGUUCCCCUUAAGUCCAUGCCGAAGUGGCACUGUUGAGCCCCCCAGAGCUGAGAGCAUCUUUAAGAGCUCAAAGCACACAACUGCACACUCACAGGCCCUCAGCUUCCCCAAGCCACAGGGCACUGGCUGCCCUGUGAGGGGAGGCUGGCUACCAGGUGACCAUGUGGCUCACACACGGGGCUGCUCCUCCCAGUGCCCAGCACCUCCUAACAUGCUGCUCCCUCACUCUGGGCUCUCCCUGUUUCUAGUGUCUUAACCCAUUCUCCUUCCUGAAUCCAUUCUUUGCAUAUCAGAUUCUGUAAAUGUUUUGUAAACAUAUUACCUCACUCUUGGUAAUACAAUACUGAUAGUCUUUAAAAGAUUUUUUUAUUGUUACAAUAAUAAAUGUGAACUGUUUAAGAAA